AUGGCUGAGCAUGCAGCGGUGGUGAGGGAGGAAGACGCCAACUCCCAGAUUGCAGCUCACUCGACGGGACCUGGCCAUAUUUUCAAGUUUGACGAGGCUAAAAUCUUCGAAAAAGGUGACAACCGCAUGAGCGGCGAGCUGCUCGAGUCAUGGUUCUCAGGCCCUCAGUCCAUAAACAAGUGCAAGGAUUUGGCGUUCCCAUAUUGCGUACUGAAACACUGUCUGAGCAAGAGAAACAGUCACGUGGGAAGGGCCGGACCCAGCAACAACUCGGACGAGAACAAGCAUAAUUGUCGAGCCAUUACCAAGCCCGCAUCCAACACGGACGAGGAAAUCACGGCCAUUAAUGAGUCGAACGCGGAUUGUCAAGCCAGUACCGCACCAAUUAAGACCCAAGUCGUGGCUACAUAA